UCACACUGUCUCUCUGUGUCAUCUGGACACUCCUUAACACAGGUGAAGCACUCCAGUGUCACAUUUGCAGGGAUGGUUAUAAGUGCACAGAGACAUUCUCAGCCAACUGUUCCUCCAUGGAAGAGCUGUGCACUACAGCUGCCUUCAAAAUAAAUCUGUCAGGAAAUUCCACACAGUACAUCAUGAAGACGUGUUUGCCAGCUGUGAUGUGCGAUGCAAGCACUGACCCACUUUCACUCAACUUGGGAUUUGGGAGAGUCGUUGGAUCUGUUAAGUGCUGCAACAAAGAUCUCUGCAACUCUCAAACUCUGCCCACCCCUGCUGACCCGGAGAGUAACGGCUUACAGUGUUACUCCUGUGACAGCUCUGCAUGCAGAAACAAAGUGCAGUGUGUUGGGGUGGAGAACCGCUGCUUUAAUGGGACUGUGAAUGCUGGGCCCAUCACCGCUCAUACCUUUGGCUGUGCAUCCUCAAACCUGUGUGAAGGUUUUUCUGAGCUGGAUUCUAUGAUUAUACCUGGCUUUAACUUCACUGAUGGACCAACCUGCUGUGAGGGCAACUUCUGUAACUCAGUCUCGACGACCAGGCUGAGUGUUUUCCCUCUGUUGCUCGGACUCAUUUCUCUUAUUUUCAUCUAUUAGAACACAGGGUAGGACAUGCACAAAUACCGGUGUUAUACAAAAAUGUAUGAAAAAAAUGUAUGUGCAUAUGCUCACUCACUUAUACACACAUAAAAGUGGAAUCUCAUUCUUUUCCCACAUUAUCAUCUUAAAGUCUGCUGAUGUCCAUCAUCUGCGUACUUUCCAUCAAACACAUUUCAUUUAAGAUAAUGAAUUCAUUUUUUUUUUUUUUUUUUUUUUUGGUAUGUCACAGAAAUACAUAUCUUACAGUCGGUUUAUCUGGUUAGAUCCAUUAUGUAAAUAUUAUAACUAUCCUAAUAAAGCUUUUUUUGAAAUACAAGAUUGAUUUUUUUUCCCUAUAGUAGCUCAUCUAGCAACUGUUUUGUUGCAGUAUUGUGGGAUGGCCUGGAAAGGAUUCAGGUUAAAUGAUU